AUAUUCAGCGAGGAAAGGAGAGACGAAAACCACAAGAAAUACAAAGUAUUAGACAAAGCGUUUAACCCGAACCAGUUCAACUUUAAUAAAAUCGAACCGGGGGAAAUUCUGUUUGAAAUCAGGAAGGAAAAUAAGCACGAGCCCAGCACAGAACCACAAUUCAGUACAGUCAGCAACGGUCAGAGUGUCUCAGGUACUGACGCAGCUCAGAUAGAUCCGAAUGGUCCUGCUUAUUUAGAUGGUGGGGUUACUCACACUAAAACGCUGGUUGUAAUUAAUGUGAGCCCAUUGGAGUUUGGGCACUGUUUGAUUAUCCCCGAACCAUCCCUGUGCCUUCCUCAGGUUCUAACCCGGGACGUGGUCAGAAUCGGGAUCGAGUCCGUUCUGCUGAGUUCCCAUCCGGGUUUCCGAGUGGGUUUUAAUAGCCUGGGUGCAUUUGCAUCUGUGAACCAUUUACAUCUCCAUGGCUACUAUCUGGACCACAUGCUUCGCAUCGAGUCCGCCCGAACCGAACCUCUCUGUCCAGGGCAAGCAUUUCACCUCCUCUCAGAUACCCCCGCCGGCUUCCUAUUUUACACCGAGGGCGAGUGCUUGGGUGCACUGAUCCACAACAUCUGCAAAGUCACCGACUGUUUAGUGGAAAAGAACAUUGCACACAACCUGUUCGUGACUCGAGGCCGCCCACCCGGUUCCUCACUUCAUUCCGGGACGUCCCGGCCAGGGAUCCGCGUCAUUAUCUGGCCCCGGCUGUCCUGCUUUGGGGCCAAAGAGGAAACCGCGUUUAACGUGGCCCUGUGUGAGCUUGCUGGUCAUUUGCCGUUCAAGAACCGACAAGAUUUCGAUACGAUCACCGAGGCUGAAGUGACAGAAAUCGUCCAGAAAUACCUCCUCCCAGAAAAGGAGUUUUCCAUGCUGCAGUCACAACUGAUGCACCUUCUACACGAGUAAACGCUGAACACUGAGAACCUAUACUGUAAUGUGGUUGUAAUGUUAAAAAAAUCAUUAUCAGUCUGUCAACUAAAUAUGCUACAAACUUGUACAACCCCAAAUGCUUUUUUUUUUUAAUUAUAAAGGUAUACAACACCGUUUUUUUUUUCUUGUUCCAUAUACAUUUUGGUCAAAUGGGCUCUGUAAAUAUUAUAAUUCUGUUAUAUUACAUUACCACACUGAAGAAUGAGUAUGUUUAAGUAAAGUUAACA